CAUGAACAUGGCGGAUUUUCAGUCUAAAUUCAAUCAUUAACUGACUUAUUUCCAACCAAUGCUAAAUUUUAUUACUUACCAAAUCAAUUUAAAACCUUAACGGUACAUUUGUAAAGGAAACUUCUAAACUUUUGCCUAAGAUUGAGACAAUAAAUUUUGAUGAAAAGGAAAAAGCUUUGCCUUAUAAUUCUGAGUUUUUAGUUUAGUUUAUCGGUUAAAAUCAAAUUAGCUCGUUUUAUUAAAAAAGCUUUGCCUGAUUUAAAUGUUUAGCAUUUUUUUUUUCAUAUAAAUAAGUUACUCACUUUGACUUGCAACUCGUCUUUAUUGUGAACGUUGAAGAAAAACACUCACCCUCUUACACUCAACAAUGGCUCUGGAAAUCUGUGUGAAAGCUGCUGCUGGUGCUCCUGAUCUUCUUGGAGACUGCCCAUUCUCCCAAAGGGUUCUGCUAACUUUGGAGGAGAAGAAAGUUCCUUACAAGGCACACUACAUCAACACCAGUGACAAACCGCAAUGGUUUUUGGACGUAAACCCAGAAGGGAAGGUGCCAGUGGUGAAGUUUGAUGACAAAUGGGUGCCUGACUCAGAUGUGAUUGUUGGAAUUCUUGAGAAAUACCCUGAGCCUCCUCUCGCUACCCCUCCUGAAUUUGCCUCUGUGGGAUCAAAGAUUUUCUCAACAUUCAUCCAGUUUCUGAAAAGCAAGGAUACAAAUGAUGGGACAGAGAGGGCUUUGCUUGAGGAAUUGAAUGCAUUGGAUGAGCAUCUCAAGAAACAUGGGGGUCCAUUCAUUGCUGGGGAGAAGAUCACUGCUGUUGAUUUGAGCUUGGCACCAAAGCUGUACCACCUUGAGGUAGCUCUAGGGCAUUUCAAGAAGUGGAGUGUCCCUGCGAGCUUGCCUCAUGUCCACAACUACAUUGAGGCACUUUUCGGUCGGGAAUCAUUUCAGAAAACCAAGGCUGCACCACAAUAUGUAGUUGCAGGAUGGGAGCCGAAGGUCAAUCCCUGAACUAGUCCUAAAUUGUAAGGUCGCUUAACUUUAGUAAUGAAAUGUGGGUGAGACUGAGGCUUUGCAUAGCCAAAAUGGACACUGGUCCCUUAUCCAAUAAAUGUAGUGUAAACCUAUCAUAGCUAUAGCUUUGUGUAUUUCCUGUUAGAUUAAUAAUGGAACCAUAGUUAUUAGUA